UUGAAACAUGCGAGUGAAUUAUUCCAUGUCGUGACGAAAAAAGAAGGAAAAAUGACAAUCUCGACGUCACGAACUACGAACGUCAGCACUCCCUCAUGUGGUUCAGUCCACGAACUGCCUGCUGGGACGGCAGUUGCUGGUGGAUUUCUUGCGCUGCUUGGUAUCCCAGCAAACCUUGUGGUCGUCAUGGUGGUGCGCAAGACAAAACUAAAACGAUCAACCCUACUGUACUUGAUUUUAAACCUCGCUCUAACAGACAUUGUGAACUUGAUAGCCACGGAAUCGUUCCUUAUCUCAGAGAUCAUACUCCGUCCAGUUUGGGGCGCACAUCUGGCGUUCGUACGAUCAAUUCUUAUUCCUAAUGAUGUUGCUAUUCUAACUCUCACAACAAUUGCUGUAGAACGUUUCAAUGCUCUGGUCAGGCCUAUGCGCCCCGUCGCAAACAUGAGCAAAAAAAAGAUGUAUCUCUUUGUGUUUGUUAUAUGGGCUGUUGGCAUCCUAUUCAACCUUCCGCCAAUAAUCAUAACACUGGUUCAUCGCGUUUCCCACUGCCAUCAUGCUGAUAUAAAUCGUGGAUGGUAUGCGUUUGAACUUACAUACAGCAUAAUAUCGCUGGUGACAUUUCACGUAAUUCCACUGGUAAUAUACUCUUACUGUUACUCAAAAAUCAUCAAAGGUGUCUUUGUUGACCGGACAGUUCUUGGCGGUGAAAGUUUUCCAAACGGAGAGGCAUUAGCAGAAAAAAAGACGUUGGUUCGGACGACCAUAUCUGUGACAAUUGUAUUUAUUAUUUCUUGUACGAGUGCAACCGUUGGCUUGACCGUGAAUUCGUUUGGAAAGGGAGAAGAUGUUCUACCCAAGCAAUAUCACUCGUUAGUUCUGCUGUUGAAGUGUUUAUCGUCGACUGUGAACCCGUAUUUGUACUAUAUUCAAAGCAAAAAAUAUCGCGCGGAAGUUAGACAAUUGAUUGUCACAUGGAAAGCGAGAAAGAAGAUGAACGAUGGUGACAAUGAAGGGACAACGAAUAUUCUAAGUUUAGUCUAAUUAAGGGGGUUUAUAAUUAUGAGGCUAUUUUAAAUACACAACU